CUUCCCAAACACACACACACUGUUGUUUUUACGUGUCGUCUCUCGUACUUUUUAAGUGCUGUUGUACGGUUAUGACAUUAUAAACAUCAUUGGUCGUACACCUAAAAUUUUGAAAGUCCUUUUCCGCAUUUCAUGACAAUAUUGUUUCGGAUUAACUUUUAGCUACAUGAUAACUACAGUAACAUCCUAGAUGGAUGCUAAUAAAAGUGAUGAUAGUGAGGACAUGGACGGGAAAACAAUAAUUAAGUGGUCUACAUAAAUAUUUGUCUUCAGUAAACUGACUCACACGCAUUUCUCUCAACCCCUACCCUCCAGAGUGCGACAAGAUACAAACACAGUUUCAGUUGUGAUGUAAAAUGCGUGUUUGAGCAAGGUCGUGUGUGACACGUGCAGCACGUGCCGCACUCAUCUUGCAUGCAAAAGGCUACCCAGUCGCGAUUAACCUGUUUGCUGUCAUGUGGUACAGAUUGCUUUGCUUUGCGGGCAAGGUAUGUUCCGUUAAAAUCAAGUUGCAAAUAACUGAACACUUUUCUCAGCAUAACUUCUGAAUUCAUUUCAAGCUGUGAGUAGUAGUAGCACCUUCCGCCUUGCAGGUAGCGAUUGGUGAGCGGAUGUCAAGUGUAUAGGAGACGGUGCUAUUCUUUUCCGAACCACUUGUUUUACCAAACAGGGACCCGGCUGUUGACGAGAAGAGUGAGUUCUUCGCUGGACUACCUGAGACUUGCAAAAGUUGUGUGAACUCUCGCCCCACGACAAAUUAAGCGCAUAUCAUCAUGACCCAUACCUCGACGAAAGAUUUAGUCGGCAAACUCAAAGAAGAGUCGGACGAUGACAUCACGACCGUUAGCGAAGAAAGUGAAGAAUCCUCGAAAGCAGCGGAGGGUGGAGAAGCGUCAGAGCCACCAAAGCCUGCAGCAACAGCAGUACAGCAGCUCCCGCCCUACUCCACAAUGGUGGCUGCAGCGCUGCGCGAGUCGCAGGAGAAGAAAGGCGUGUCGCUGCAAGGGGUGUGCAGCCGCAUCUUGGAGCGCUACCCUGAUGCUGCUCAGCGCUCCAACUUCCGGUUUCAGGUCCGGCACGCCAUCGCCAAAGGUCUGGAGUCGGGCGCCUUCAAGCGCGCGAGCAAGACAAAGGAGAUGCAUGGCAUCCAGGGAAGGUUUUUGCUAGACAAAAGUAAAGACAGAAAAGAAAAGUCCGGAACAAAGACGAAGAAACGAAUUCGAUCCAACUCUCCAUCCGAUCCGACGAAGCCCAAAAAGGUCAAGGACGUAAAGACAUCUUCCGGUGCAACAGAUAAGAAAAAGACAAAGAGCAAAAAGACGACAGAAGCGGCGGCAGCUGACCUGGAUGCCAAAGUCUCAAAUUCCCGAGCUAAGAUCUCGAAAUCCCGACCGAGAAGCAAAUCACCUGGAGCUAAGACCUCGAACUCCCGAGCACGUAGCAAGUCGCCAGUUGCCAAGGUAACAAAGUCGCGCACCAAGUCGUCUGCUACCAAGGUCAAGGCCAAGUCUACAGGAUCGCGUUCGCGCUCCAGAAGCCAAGAAAAAACAGAAUCCAAGCCUAAAAAGGCAAAAACCAAGACUGUUGCACAACAGAAAGGUGCCGAUAAAAACACUGCCACUUCUACUGUAUUUAAAAAGGCAAAUCGGAAGAAGACUGCAAAGACGCCGCCGAAGAAAACACCUACGAAGAAAGAAGCUAAGCCCAGAGCAAAGAAACCAACGGCAGCAAAAUCGGAGACCAAGUAACGUGUCCCGUGUUUCACUGUGCGCGUGACUGUCAACGGACUCGGCCAAUUCUCAGCACGUGAGGUUGAGUGCCAGACUCUUGGGCUGUGCUCGCUUACAGUGA